ACCUCGCCCACCACCACCUGUCUACACUUCAACAACAACGUGCAGUCGACUGCCCGCCCACUCUUACCUUCAUCUUUCCCCAAGGUCAGCCUCCUCAAGGUUGAACUAUCGCCCACCAUGACGACUAUGGAUCUCCGUGUUGGCAACAAGUACAGAAUCGGCCGCAAAAUUGGUAGCGGCAGUUUCGGAGACAUCUAUCUCGGCACAAACAUCAUCUCGGGCGAAGAGAUUGCCAUCAAGCUCGAGAGUGUCAAGGCCAAGCAUCCCCAGUUGGAAUAUGAAGCCCGCGUCUACAAGUCUCUUGCUGGAGGCGUCGGUAUUCCCUUUGUCCGUUGGUUCGGGACAGAGUGUGACUACAAUGCCAUGGUUCUCGAUUUGCUCGGUCCCAGUUUGGAAGAUCUCUUCAACUUCUGCAACCGCAAGUUCUCCUUGAAGACCGUUCUUCUCCUUGCCGACCAGCUCAUCUCCCGCAUCGAGUACAUCCAUGCCAAGUCUUUCAUCCACCGUGAUAUCAAGCCCGACAACUUCCUCAUGGGCAUUGGAAAGCGUGGCAACCAGGUCAAUGUGAUCGAUUUCGGUCUGGCCAAGAAGUACCGUGACCCCAAGACUCACUUCCAUAUUCCUUACCGUGAGAACAAGAACUUGACGGGCACAGCCCGUUAUGCCUCCAUCAACACCCACUUGGGUGUCGAACAAUCCCGUCGUGAUGAUAUGGAGUCGCUUGGCUAUGUCAUGCUUUACUUCUGUCGCGGCUCUCUCCCCUGGCAGGGCUUGAAGGCUGCUACCAAGAAGCAGAAAUACGACCGCAUCAUGGAGAAGAAGAUGACCACACCCACCGAGGUUCUAUGCCGUGGUUUCCCCAACGAGUUUGCCAUCUACUUGAACUACACCCGCUCGCUCCGCUUCGACGACAAGCCGGACUAUUCGUACCUCCGCAAGAUCUUCCGUGAUCUGUUCGUCCGCGAGGGCUUCCAGUACGACUACGUCUUUGACUGGACUGUGUACAAGUACCAGAAGAACGCUCAGGCCAUUGCUCAGGCUGCCGGAAAUCAGGGACAGGGCGAGGAUGAUGACAAGAACGGUCGCGGUCGCCAUGUCACCACCACUGCCGCUGCCAAUGCCAGCGCUUCGGGUCCUAAGCGCGGCCCUGUCAAUGCGCGUCAAGAAGGCACCGGAAUGCAACUUCGUUCGUCCAAUAAACGUGGCGGUGAUCAGUACGCAUCUGGCGGUUACUGA